GCCCUGACAUUUCAGUUCUGUCCCGUCAUGAUGUCUGCACGCAGCGGGGUUGUUGGCCGAGGAGCGGGAGUAUUUAAUAACUCCUCGGCAGCGGUUGGCUAUUCUGGAGUCGUUUCAAACGGGAUUUGAACGUGGGCUGCCCUGAGAAUGGGGAUUUCUAGCAAUGAGGUCCCGGCACCCCGUUCUGAGGUUGGGGUUUUCUGAAUUAUCUGAGCAUCCUGGACGGCUUUUCACUCCAUUGUGCAAUUUUUCUCCGAAGCUGUUGCUCAACUGGAGGUUUCUGUAAAGAACGUAACACUUCGGGAAUGAAACUGUAACAAGAAGUCUGUGUUAAAGCCUGGCUAACAGCAAGAUAGUAAGGUGUAGAAGAAAUGCAUUGAUAAAAAGUUUCAACAUCUUGUAAUGGAAGAUGGAAGACAAAGGGGCUCGUGUUGCCGACUACUUCGUUGUCGCAGGAUUAACAGAUAUUUCUAAGCCACUAGAGGAAGAAAUCCACUUCAAUGAUGCCUGCCAUAAAAUUGCAAAACCAAAAGAACCUAUUACAGAUGUAACAGUGAUCAUUAAAUCCCUAGGAGAGGAAGUUCCUCAGGGAUACAAGUGCAUAGAUGUGACUCCCUCGGGACUGUCUGCGGAUCUCAAUAAUGGCAGCCUCGUAGGACCACAGAUUUACCUUUGCUACCGCCGGGGGAGGGAUAAGCCCCCUCUUACUGAUUUGGGGGUUUUAUAUGAUGGGAAAGAAAGAGUAAAGCAAGGUUGUGAAAUAAUUCAAGCUACUCCCUAUGGCCGGCCUGCUAAUAUCAGUGGCAAUGCCUCGUCACAACGGGUGUUCGUCACUUACCGAAGAGCAACUGAGAGCAUGACACAAAACGCACUGGCUGUUACAGACAUAUGUAUAAUCAUACCGAGUAAAGGAGAAACCCCUCCACAUACGUUCUGCAAGGUUGACAAGAAUCUUAAUAACAGUAUGUGGGGCUCAGCUGUGUAUCUUUGUUACAAGAAGUCCGUGGCAAAAACCAACACCAUAUCAUACAAAGCUGGUUUAAUAUGCAGAUAUCCUGAAGAGGAUUAUGAAUCAUUCCCAUUACCAGAAUCUGUGCCUCUUUUCUGCCUGCCUAUGGGUGCAACAAUUGAAUGUUGGCCAUCUGACAGUAAAUACUCUCUCCCAAUUUUUUCUACAUUUGUACUAACUGGAGCUUCUGCAGAGAAGGUAUAUGGUGCUGCUAUUCAGUUCUAUGAACCGUAUCCUGAAGAGAAUCUUACAGAGAAACAGAAGUCUCAGUUGGGAUUAGCAGCUGCUGUCGAGGGAAAGUCAGACUCGUGCAGAACAGUCCAAACAAACAAGUGCAUUUGUCUGCUCUCUCACUGGCCUUUCUUUGAUGCUUUCAAGAAGUUUCUGACCUUUCUGUAUCGUUACUCCAUUUCUGGUCCACACGUCCUGCCUAUUGAGAAGCAUAUUUCUCAUUUCAUGCAUAAAGUUCCUUUUCCAUCCCCCCAGAGGCCAAGAAUUCUGGUGCAGCUGUCUCCAUAUGACAACCUAAUUCUUAGCCAACCUGUAUCAUCACCCCUUCCACUGAGCGGGGGCAAGUUUUCUACACUACUUCAGAAUUUAGGACCUGAGAAUGCAGUGACCUUGCUUGUGUUUGCUGUGACAGAACAUAAAAUUCUCAUCCAUUCGUUGCGGCCUUCUGUCCUUACCAGUGUGACAGAGGCAUUAGUCUCUAUGAUAUUUCCUUUCCACUGGCCUUGCCCAUAUAUUCCUCUCUGUCCGCUGGCACUGGCAGAUGUAUUAAGUGCACCAUGCCCAUUCAUUGUGGGAAUUGAUUCCAGAUACUUUGAUCUCUAUGACCCUCCACCAGAUGUUAGCUGUGUUGACCUAGAUACCAAUACCAUUUCUCAAACUGGAGAUAAGAAAGCUAUUGCAUGGAAGAUCUUGCCGAAGAAACCUUGCAAAAAUCUGAUGAACACUUUAAAUAACUUGUAUCAGCAACUGGCAGCGCAACAAAGACCGAGAGAAGAUGCAUUAAUGGAGCUAGCAAUGAAUGACUAUGAUUUUAAUUCUGGGAAGAAAUUACACCUGUUAGAUUUGGAGAUCCAAGAAGCAUUUCUUUGUUUCAUGGCCUCAAUACUAAAGGGUUAUAGGUCUUAUCUGAGGCCGAUAACAGAGGCACCCUCUGAAACAGCCACAGAUGCAAGUUCUCUCUUUGAACUACAAGGCUUCCUCAAAAGCAGAGAUCGCUCACAUCAGAAGUUUUAUACGUUGAUGACCAAAACUCAAAUGUUUAUUCGUUUCAUUGAAGAGUGUUCUUUUGUCAGUGAUAAGGAUGCAAGCCUUGCUUUUUUUGAUGACUGCGUAGAUAAAGUAGAUAUGGACAAAACUGGGGAAACACGGCUUAUAGAGCUGGAUGACUCAUACAAGAGUGAACAUACAGUUUUCAUAACACCUCCUGAGAUCCCUCAUCUGCCAAACGGCGAAGAGCACCCUCUGCAAUACAGCUAUAAUGGGUUUCCAGUAUUAAAACUAGAUUUGUUUGAACGGCCAGAAGGACUUCUCACAAUACCAAAUAACAAACUGUCCUCAAAAGCCAGUAGUCCCAACAGCCCAUCGCCGAUGUUCAGAAGAACUAAACAGGAAAUUAAAUCUGCGCAUAAAAUUGCCAAGAAGUACUCAUCCAUACCACAGAUGUGGUCCAGGUGUUUGUUACGUCACUGCUAUGGUCUUUGGUUUAUCUGCCUUCCUGCCUAUGUGAAAGUGUGCCAUUCAAAAGUCAGGGCCCUGAGAACUGCAUAUGAUGUUCUGCAAAAAAUGCAUACCAAAAAAAUAGAUCCACCUGAUGAGGUUUGCUACCGAGUUCUCAUGCAGCUGUGUGGACAGUAUGGUCAGCCAGUGCUAGCAGUGAGAGUGCUUUUUGAGAUGCAGAAAGCUGGUGUUGACCCUAAUGCCAUUACUUAUGGCUAUUACAAUAAGGCAGUUUUAGAGAGCACGUGGCCUUCAAGCAAUCGAGGUGGCUAUUUCCUAUGGAUGAAGAUAAGAAACGUUGUUUUAGGAAUAGCUCAGUUCAAAAGAGCAUUGAAAAAACUGCCGGCAAGCUCAUCACAUACUGCUCUUCCUGGAGGACUUUCAGACUUGGGCAGCAACACGUCAUUCAAAGAUGAAAUCAGGCAAGGGAAAACUUGUCUUCAAGAUAUACAAGAACAAAAAGAGGACAAGAGAGAGAGUGAUUCCAGUUCUUUGUCUGAAGUGGAAAGUGCAAAAGGGAGUGGUGACUGCCUGCCUAAACUCAAUUAUCUUCACUCUGAUGAUGACAAAGCCACUUCCAGCAUAGUGCGGCUCAAUGGUACCAUUGACAGCACAGUGGCAGAAGCUAGCACUGAGAGCUCUGUAGGAUUGCUGUUUACAUCACCUUUUGAAGAUGCCAAUGAAGCAGAAGUUAUAAAAAGUAAAUCCCUAAGAAAGAGACAUAAAAGUGCAGCAGAACCUGACGUAAGGGAGAUUCCCUGGGAGAGCAGGAACCGUAACCUGAGCGGAGAUGGCUUAGUGGGACUCAUCAAUAGAAUAAAUCAGGAAGCAAACCCUGGGGAAAUGGUUGAAAAACUAGGAGCUGAUGCCAAAAUCCUAUCCAGUGCGUUACAGAAGAGCAUAAGGCCAAAAACUCUUAAUAUCAGAACAAAUUCUUUAGGAUCUAAGAGAGAAAGUCUGGAGAAAGAAUCUAGUGAUGAAGAUGCAGCUUUUGACUGCAGUUUUACAGAUAAAACAGAGUCUCCAGUUAUCUUUGAUCUGGAAGACUUGGAUGCUGAGCCUGAAACGUCUACAACAGUGAAGACUUCCAAUGAAAAAUCUAGAAGACUGCAAAGAAAGAGCAGCUUUCCAGUAAAGCCAGUUGAAAAGACGGAUGUUGAAACAGGAUUUGAUCCACUGUCCCUACUGGUUGCUGAGACAGAACAGCAGAAAGAAGAUGAAGAAGAGGAUGAUGAUAGAAGUGCUUCAACUCCAUCUGCACGGCGAGAUUUAGCUGAAGAAAUAGUCAUGUAUAUGAACAACAUGAGCAGCCCUUUGUCAAGUCGUGCCCCAAGCAUUGAGUUGCAGAAACCCUUUGAUGACAGAAACGCUAAUAAAAAGAGCCCAACAAUAAUCCAAGCUUGUAGGAGGUCCAGCCUUCCCCCAAACUCACCAAGGCCAACAAGUCUUAUCAAAUCCAAGAGUUAUCACUCAAAAGCUGAAGAAAGGUCAAGAGACAGGCUUUGGUCCUCACCAGCUUAUUCCCCACACAGUCCAGCAAAGGAGCAGGAGGCAACUGGUGCGCUUCCACUUGUGUCUUCCCCAUCGUUCAACUUGGACACGCUGUUAACACCGAAGUUUGAUGUUCUAAAAAGCAGCAUGUUUUCUGCUGGAAAGGGGGUUGCAGAGAAGGCUAGCAAGUGGUACUCGAAAUUUGCAAUGUAUGCUGCAUCCUCAAAGGACCAAAAUUCAGACCGCGCAAGUGUUUCAUCGCUUGGAGCUCUGGACUCAGAAUCUACUUCAUUAACUGAUGAGGAUGUCUGCAAUGACUUUGAAAGCGCUUCUCCUCAGGAGAAUACUACGUCAGAAAUUAAGGGAAUUGGCCUCAGCAGGACAAGCCUGGAAAGCUCAGCUUCUCACGAUGGUUCAUCAAAGCAAUUUGACCAGUGUGGUUCUCUUUCCAAGUUUCCUUUACCUGACAAAUCUGAGUUGAUAUCUUCUUGUAGUACCAGUAGUACCAGUGUGUUUCAGAACUACGCUAUGGAGGUCCUUAUCUCAAGCUGUUCACGAUGCCGAACUUGUGACUGUUUGGUUCAUGACGAGGAAAUCAUGGCGGGUUGGACAGCAGAUGAUUCAAAUCUCAAUACCACCUGUCCUUUCUGUGGCAAUUUAUUUCUGCCUUUUUUAAGCAUAGAAAUCAGAGAUCUUCGGCGACCUGGACGCUAUUUUCUGAAGUCCAGUCCAUCUACAGAAAACAUACAGUUUCCAUCACUUUAUUCAAAUCCAAGUGGAAAGUCCUGUAACACUGCAGCUCCUGCUGGUCUAACUACAUCUCUAAUGUCUGUUCAAGAGGACAUACAUUCAGAUAGCAAUUCUAAGCAGAGUGACAAUACUUGUGCCAGAAGUAUCCAGAUCCCCUCAGGAAGAAGACAAAAUACUUCUGGGUCAGAAUGUGCAAGUCACCCUGUAGCAAGGAGUAUCAGUACUUUUGGUCCAUUGGAGGAAGAUGAGAAGGAAAACCAGAUGAUCAACCAUAUCAUUCCUACUGGUAGCCUGCCUGCUACUUUGCAAGGACCAACGGAUCCCUUGGGCCUAGACUGGCGCUUACCUAGCCCUGAUCCUAUAACUGUUCCUUACCUCAGUCCACUAGUAGUAUGGAAAGAGCUUGAGAGCUUACUUGAAAACGAAGGAGAUCAUGCAAUAACAGUGGCAGACUUUGUAGAUCAUCAUCCUAUUGUCUUCUGGAAUUUGGUGUGGUACUUCAGGCGCUUGGACUUGCCUAGCAACUUACCAGGAUUAAUACUGUCUUCUGAGCACUGUAAUAAAAAUUCAAAGAUUCCCAGAAACUGUAUGUCAGAGGACAGUAAAUAUGUUCUUAUUCAGAUGCUGUGGGAUAACAUGAAAUUGCAUCAAGAUCCAAGACAGCCUCUGUAUAUUCUGUGGAAUGCUCAGAGUCAAAAUCGCACUCUUUUGUUUGAGACCCAGAAGUAUCCAAUGGUCCAUUUGUUGCAAAAAGAUGAUGACUCUUUUAAUCAGGAUCUCUUGAGAAGUAUGGUGAAGAGUAUUAAGAUGAAUGAUGUGUACGGACCAAUGAGCCAAAUAUUGGAAAGACUGAACAAAUGGCCACAUAUUAAAAGACAGAGGAGCCUGUAUAGAGAAAUACUGUUUCUUUCUCUUGUCGCCCUGGGAAGAGAUAACAUUGAUAUAGAUGCUUUUGACAGAGAGUAUAAAAUGGCCUAUGAUCGUCUGACAGCUAAUCAAGUGAAGAAUACACAUAAUUGUGAUAGACCACCAAGUACUGGAGUGAUGGAAUGCAGAAAGAUCUUUGGAGAACCAUAUCUUUAAAUGUACCUAGAUGAAAAGCAGUGACAUACCUGUGUAAAAUAACCACUUCGGUCAAAAGGAACAUCUCAGUCUUCAGUGUUUGAGAAUGUAUGUACGAAUGUACCACAGCAGCAGGCCUUGGAAAAAUGGGGCUUGUCUACAAUUGUGGCAAUGGACAGAGUGAGAAACGGGCCAAAUAUUAUUUCCUUGUCCCUAGCCUUUAUGCAAAUCAGUGUAUAGAAAGGAAGAAUCUAAAGAGAAUUGUCUAACUUAGGACAACAUAUUACAUUUCCCUUAUUAAAAUAUAUAUAUAAAACAGGUGGGCAGAAACAAUGCACUGAAACUAACGCGAGCUAAGUAAAUUCUUCAGAAUUUAUUGUUUACAUAGAAUAUUCAUGAUGUUAUGAAGAGCAUACAAAGUUGUAUUAUACAUAUUUUAAAUUGUUUAUAGUAAGUUGAUAUUUUUUUAUUUUUUUUAAUUACUGGAGUGAAUUUUAAAUGGACUUGCUGCAUAAGCAAUACAUUGCUUAUUUGUUUUGCAGGACACUGCUAUUUAUAGUAACUUGUCCAGUUACUUUUGAAGAGUGAUUUGUUCUUUAAAGCAGAGUAGAAAACAUAAACCUUCACCUAGACAGUAUGCUAGAUACAGGAUUUCUCUCAUGCACACGUGGAAAACGUAUUACCACAGCAAUCAGCAGGAAGGUAUGGUGAAAAGCUCUACUAACACUGAUAUAUCUCUGUAAAACACUCCGUAGGAAUCUCUUCCUCCCCCAUUUCCCUCACUCCCUGCUUCAUAGAGAGUCUGUAGCAUAUUGAAGAGUCCAGCAGAUGAUUUUAAGGUGUCAGUGCAUCUCAGCAGUUGACAUUUGCUAUGUGACCUCAUUACAGAUGUUAUACAAAACAAGUGACAGCAUUCAAGUUCUUCAUAAAAAUGCAGUAUCUUGGUGGAUGUGUUUGAAACACACUAAAUCUGGUGAGCGCAUAAUGCUAAUCCAAAGCUUUUAACUUUUCUGAAGUAGGUAAAACAACCUUGCUACAGGGAAAAUGCGGGGAGUGUAACUUAUUGAGGCAUAUUGUGAAUAGUAAAGUGUAAUUUGAAUGUCUUGUCUUUGUUUCACAGCAAAACAGCUUUUUUGUUUCUCUAUGAAGAACAACACUAUGUCAGUCCUUGUGGUGCAGUCAUGGCUUUCGAAGUGCAUUUUCUUGUUUGAGAAUGUUCGAAAAACAUUUCACUCUUAGUCACAUAGCAGCUCCACACUAGAAAGCAGGCUACGUUGAUGAUAUCAGAAGUCCUAUAUGGGGGUGGGAAAAGAGCCAUUGAAUCCUAUAAAUGCCCUAAACAAAUUAAGCAAGGCUUUAACAAACACCUUGUUUUCUUUAGUCUUCAUGGUUCCCCGAUUCUUAUUGGUUGUUCCCUUUGUAAUGCUUCUAAAUAUUCACUUGUUCCAUUACAUUAUAGGCUUUAUGUGUCUGCUUACCAGCAGAAUCUUUUUUAGAAAAAUCUUUUUAGUUUGCAAGCGUAGUAAAACAGCAAUAUUAGAUAGCUAGAAAGGAGAUGAACUUUAAAGUUCACAUUUACUUUACUAAAUAAAUAGUGAGCCUCUUAGAGGCUUAAAUGAGAAGUAGUGCUACUGUACUGCUCUCUGUAACCUCUUCCCAGUCCGCUGUAAAACAGUAAUACAAUGCUGUCCUAAGGAUAAAGGAUUUAAAGUUUUUAGAGCUGCAGGUAUAUGCUGAUGCUAAUUGCAAGAUGCAUCUUCAUGUAAACACGAUCUUGCUGGAUACAACUGUCACUGGGUAAUUCCUCUUGUCUAUUCUGCUGCUAACUGUGUAGCUGAGGGUUUUGGGUUUUGAAGUUUCCCUCACCCUGAUGUGGAGCUAGCAAUGUUACACUUAGCAACGUUUUUCAUGUUUAAUUUAUUUUAACAGUUUGUGAAGCUCUCAUUCAUGCUGUCACACUUGUAAAAUAUUCUUCAUGCAUGAGCCAUUGCUACUUUUUCACCCAAGUACACUUUAAACUCUGUCAGUGUAGGGUGAACAUGUACCUGCUUCGUUCUUAACUAUUGUGAAAAAUAGCAGAUUAUUUUAUAACAUAUUCAUCAUAAGUACCUGUUAGUGUGCAUGUAUGCUCUGCUCUGUACAGUAUCUACACUGUAUUUACCAAGUAAAAGUAGUGUAUAUAGAUUCAUACAUAUUUGUGAUGUGUACAGCGUAGUGCUCCAAGCUCUUUGCAGUUCUGUUUCCCACAUCAUUCACCACUUGGGGCGGCCACUGUUUUGUAGGACCUUCAAGCCAUGAAGGAAGGCAAGUGCUUUUUCCAGAGCUGCUGUUUUGUGUUAGAGGUACUGAGCUAUGAAGCAAGCUUCACACUUUCUAUUUCAGUCUGGCAGGAGCAGCUGAGCCUUGUCUCUAACAGCCCCUCGUGUCACAGGACGUUAUGCUGCGUGCGCCUGCGCAGGGAUAGAUGCAGCACUUGUAAUUUGGCCCACAUCCUCCCUUUAGUCCCAGCUUAGUUUUAAGUAUUUCCAACAGUCUUUAAGGUUUAUAAAGCCAACCAGUUUGCCACUUCAUUCAGAUGUCAGCAGUCCUGUCAGUAUUAUCAGAAGAGUCUAUACUGUAUCGUGAAGAGGACUUGUAUGUGCGUCAUUAGAACAAUCUUGCAUCCUCAGAGUGGCACUCCCAAAGCAUUGCUUUAUUUGGGUGUGCUUUUAAAUUAGCAUAUCAUGUAGUGUUCCAUCAAGUGAAAUCAUUAUACUGAAUGAAUUGCUUCAUAAAGUCUGUUGCAAGUCAGUCCACUGUAGAAACAUUAUCAGAAGAUGUAGCUGGAGUAGUAUUACACCCUAAGGGGGAAGUUAUCCUCAUUCAUGUCAUAAUGAUGUUCAAAAUGUAGGCCAUGAGUGGAUAAUUUUUAGGCCUCAUACAGUUCAACGUUGAAACAGUUUACAAAUCUCACUGUCCUUUAUUAGAAAAGCAAUUUGAGUAUAUUUUCCAAUACAGCAAAGAUGGAUAAAUAUUUGAGACAUAUUUUCAAUUUAAAAUUUUGUAUGAACUGAAUUUUCUCCUUUUGUGUACAAAAUAAUGCUUCUGUCAGAACCUUAAACAAAGGUUUUACAUUUGCAGUGCAAUAUGUAUUUUGCUUUACUUAUGGUUCCACUGGAAUAAGUAUUGGAGAUGAAAUAGCGAAAUGUGAAUAGAAAUGGUGCUGUUCCUCUGACACUGCUGGUUCCCAUUUUGAGGCAGUUUGCUGUUGGCACACUUACAGCCUGAUGGAUUAGACUUCCACUGACCAGUUAAGCAAUUUGUACCCCAAGGAAGAGGCAAUUCCUGCAUAUGAAAUCUUCAUAUGCAAAAUGGGAGAUGCAAGUAGUAAUAAUAGAGAAGGGGAUUUCUGGAUAGUAUUUCACUGCAAUUUGAAAAUGGUACUUUGUUAGUCUGCAAGCAGCACUUUUAAAUGAAUGGUUGUAGAUUUGUAAAUAUGUAAUGUUUAAUUUUUAUUUACCAAAAAUACAGUAUGUUGUAUGUUUGCUUCGGUUUGUAGUUCCUUUAAAAUAUGCAAGUCAGUGUUCACAACGUCAAAGUUUUUUUGUCUCAUCCAAAAGAGUUUUACAGUGAGUCAAUAAAAAUCUUAAAAUCUU